AUGGCUCGUCGAGGCCUCCCCCUAAUAGCUCUGUGCACGCUGCUGUCCUUUGCUUAUAUUCAUGUGUCUCUCGAGAAGCAUUGGUUAGCAGAGCAACCAAGGCUAUCGUCUGCUCUUACACUCCUUCUUUCGGGGUUCUUCUGUUUUGUCCUCAGCUUUUUCACCAGACUUAUACCCGGCGCAGAGGACAGGAUCGUCUAUGACACUCACCAGGCUGAGGAUAAUAUAGGCUUAUUGUCUCCUAGCUCUCCCGUGGAGGCUAGAUUCAAGGACACCAGGCCUCCUCUUCCCGAGCGGCCUGAUCAGUUGUCGCUACCUAUCAUAGUCGUCCUCAUUGUUGUUCGAUUAGAGGCAUUGCACGCCGUCAACCUCCAGCGCCAAUGCGCAACCACGGGCAUCGAGCCUUUUCUGCCCUUUGUUCUAUAUGUAUUCGACAUCUUCACCACUCGCCGCCGAUGGGUUGGCCCAGAUCCUGUUGAUCCGGAUGACCCGUGGCGAAACAUCUUCGACGAAAUCAGGGAGUGGUUCACGGGCCCGCGCGUCAGCAUGUCCCUUACAGGAGUUGCCAUCUUCUUUAUUUCCUUGAGUACCUCCAUGGCGUCUGGAUACAAGACACCGUCAGGGUACGCAUGUCUCCACCCUAUUGACAGCCGGUCAAACGUGGUCUUUCUGCAGUUGCUUGGCCUGGCAUUGGACGCUGUGAUCUGUGUGUGUCUAUGGCGUCUCCUGAUGUGGUCGCGAUCAGCCAAGCAGCGCAUCCGAUCAUCGGGCCUGGUUCUCGUGUGUUCGGGCCUUGCCAUGGCCGUUGUGUCCCUAGUGGCAGCGUUUUGGGCUUCAAACCAAGAGACCUUCGACUUCGGCUCCUGGUCUUUAAUUGAUACCGUUGUUGACGGCUUCGCUUUUGCAGUGUUUGUAGCGUCGGGCGUAUGGUGGAUGUGUGAGACAUCAGCGCCUGUCCCGGUCACCAUCAUCACCAUGUGCCUUGGAGUAUGGUCAUCAGGCUACCUGACUCUGUACUACGGAGACUGGAUUCGCUAUUCUCUCUCGGGGGCGUACUUCCCAUUAUGGUUCAUCACCUUUGCAUCUAUUCUUUACAUACGGUAUCAAGCGGGGAUCGGGAAGUUUCUCAUGGUGGUCCUCAUCGGAACUACGUUUAUUGCUACGUUUAGAGCUUCCAUCAGGGGGCGAGACGCUUUCCCAAGGCACCCUCUGAGUGAUCUCAUUUACAAGGCCAAUAUUGAGAGCGACCGGUACCGCGCACGUGUCGCCACCAGCAAAAGCCUACAUGUUGCGUUAACGACAUACGAAGAGCUGCACCCUGGCAGGGCAGCGCCUCCGAACUUUGCCGAGUGGUAUUCGCAGGCGCAGGGCACGUUCGUCAUCGACGACUUUGCGCAGAUAGACGCAGACCUGGCUCCGUUCUGGAAUAUGAGCCCAGAUACCCUGCGAAAGGGGGCUAAUAUACUAACCAGUGUGCCCGGGGUACACACCAUCACGAUCAAGGACGGGCAGGUCACGCACAGUGACGCUGGUGACGAGGGACAGAACAGGGAUCUGUUGGACCUCGUGCAGUUGAUUGAGCGCUUCUCGGUGCACCUACCGGACAUGGUGCUCCCCAUCAAUCUUGGAUCCGCGCCUCGCAUCCUGCCCUCGUGGGAAACUGCACACUCCAAGUCUACCGCUGAACACAUCUCGAGUGGACACAUACGGUAUAGGGAGAACGUGGAGGCGAAGGAUUAUCGCCGCAUGCAGUGGGCAGCGUGUCCCGAGGAUUCAGCGGCGAGGAGGAACGUGGCGUGGAAGAACGAGGAGCUGUGUGAGGACUGCGUCAAAGAGCACUCGAAGGGGCCCAUCAUCUACGACCGAGACAAGGCGUUCGAGACGUGCUCCCAGCCCGAUCUUGGGUAUCUCCACGAAUUUUACAUGACGAACCCCAAGCUAGCCCCUAUUCAGGAGAUGCUCCCCCUCUUCAGCUUUGCAAAGACAGAGUCAUUCAAGGAUAUACUCAUCCCUUUGCCCCGAGUCAUGCAAGACGAAGAACUAGAUAUUACGUGGGGGUUUGGCCGAAGAUUCGAUUCUCUCUUCUAUCAGGCAGAUCUUGGCAAGGAGCUGAAGAGCUCCCAGAUCCUCCGGGGAAGCUCAAAGUAUCGUCUUCUCGAACUUCUCGCGGGCAACCAUGCCUCUGGGGACGUGGCCACAGUUGUUGUCGGUGAGCCCCUCGCCGACUUUCGGUACGAGAGAGUCAAGGUUUCGGAGGCCAACAAGGUCGGGCCGCUCAAGGUUGGUCUGAGAGGUGGCGAUGGGUGCGAGGGCGACUACUGCAAGCUGGCCAAGCAGCUGUACGGGACGGACGACGAGGACGCAGAGCCGCUCGAGUAUAGGUACAUCGUCGUCCUAGACGAAUCCGACGGCCCUUCGAAGCAGUUCAUGCGCACUCUGCGCUCCAAGAGCGUGCCCUUUGUGUCUACCAUCUUCCGGACGUGGUACACGGAGCGGCUGCAGCCCUGGCUUCACUACGUCCCCAUCGACCCUCGCUUCCAGUCGCUGCACACGACGUAUCUGUUCUUUACGGGCACGGAGGACCGCCAGACCAUCAACGGCGUCGACACCAACAUGCAGGCGCGGACCAAGGACGGGGAGUACAUUGCGCAGCAGGGGCAGAAAUGGGCGGACCAAGUGCUGCAGCAGAAGGACAUGGAGGUCUAUCUGUUCCGUCUGCUGCUCGAAUGGGGGAGGUUGAUCGAUGAUAACCGCGAAGUUGUUGGAUUUCGAAAAACGGAUGAGGGGAAGUUGGACAAUAUUGGAUUCUCCCAGGGGACGGUGUCGUGA